UGAUUCAUCAUCUCAUCUCAGUUAUGAGACACACACAAAUUUCAGUUUCCUUGAUAGCGUUAUACUAUACGUUUUAUUUUCUUGACACACUUUUUCUGUUCACAACAAACACUUUGAAUUGAAAGAGAAUGGCUUGUGCUGGCUUUGCUUCAUGUUUUCCCUUCUGAGCUUUUCUCUCUGCUGCAGCUUUUGGGAUUAGAGAGAAGGAAGUGAACUUAUUUAUUUACUUGGUGGAUUCAAUUAGUACCAAAAUUUUCAGAGAUUUUUUUUUUUGUGAUGGAAAGUAGUGGUGGUGGUGCCCUUUUGAGGAAUAGAAGGUUGGAGAGCUUCUUAGAUACAAGCUCUGGUCUAAGAGUGGAAGAAGCUCAAAAAAUUUUGGUUAAAGAAAAACCGGAACUCUGGCUUAAGAAGGAUGUAUAUAUGGAUGACAACGGGUGGGUUUCGUCAAUCAUUUCUUGGAUCAGGAUUGUGACAUGUUUUGUGUCUAUGAUGGUCACAACAUUCAUAUGGGCAUUGAUCAUGGUUGUGCUUAUACCAUGGCCUUACGAGAGGAUUCGGCAAGGCAAUAUUUAUGGCCAUGUCACUGGUAGAAUGCUGAUGUGGAUUCUUGGUAAUCCUAUAAAGAUUGAAGGUGCUGAGUACAAUAACGAAAGGGCGAUUUAUAUCAGUAACCAUGCUUCCCCAAUUGACAUUUUUCUUAUAAUGUGGUUGACUCCUACAGGCACUGUUGGUAUUGCCAAGAAAGAGAUAGUAUGGUAUCCUCUAUUUGGGCAACUUUAUGUUUUGGCCAAUCAUCUUCGAAUAGACCGAUCCAAUCCAACCUCAGCUAUUGAGUCCAUGAAAGAGGUAAGUAUUAUUUACCCUGCAUCAUUUUCCCCACAUUUAUAUAAGGUUUCAAUUUCGAAUCGUUGCGAUUUUCAGGCGGCUCGUGCAGUUGUAAGAAACAAUCUGUCCCUAAUAAUCUUUCCGGAGGGUACCAGGUCGAAGAAUGGACGACUACUUCCUUUCAAAAAAGGUUUUGUCCAUUUGGCCCUACAAACGCGCCUUCCUAUCGUUCCGAUGGUCCUCACCGGUACUCAUCAGGCGUGGAGGAAAGGCAGUUUACAUGUCCGACCGACACCUCUCGCCGUCAAGUAUCUUCCUCCGAUAAGCACCGAAAAUUGGAAGGCCGAGAAGAUCGAUGACUAUGUCAAAAUGGUUCAUGACUUGUAUGCUGCACAACUUCCUGAGACUCAGAGGCCUUUGGCCUAAAAAGGUUCAUAGUCAUAGUCCACACCAAAUCUAGAAAUGAUUGCAUGUUUCUAAAGAAGAUUUAUUGCGCGCUCUAGUAAUAUUUACACUCACUUAUUUUUCGUCUAAAAUAGUUUAGAGUUAAACAAAGUAUUUAGAAUAAGCGAGUGUAAAUGUUACUAGAGCACGCAUUAAAUAUUAUGUAAGAACAUACAAAUAUUUCUCGCAUAAAUUCUUAGGUGAGGUACCUCUUUUCAUAAAAGCAUGAGUGUGUUCCUCUAAAUUAUAAGAAGUUAUAAUAUAUAGUUAUAAUAUCUUUUACAAUAAGCUUAGAUAGAAAUCCUUAAUCUUAGGAUUCAUCUUCACAUGUAAAUUAAUUAAAUGUUUUUGAGCAAUUUGGUCAAUGUGUUGAUUCUUGUAUAUUGUAUAACGCUUGUUCAACCAGAUUCCAUAUGUUCAAAUCAUGCAAUACAAGAUUCAUCUCCCUUAUGAGUGUA